CCCAUCCUCUUUAUCACCUCUCGUUUUCUCUUUCUAGGGUUUUCUCUCUGAAGCUAAACAAUGGCUGACGAAGCGCAGUAUUCAUCUGGUACUGAUGCUGCGUCCAAUAAGCGCAAGUACGAUGACCAUCCUCCACCUAUGGUCUCCCGCCGCCCGACUGGUUUUUCCGGCCCCAUCACUUCCCCCUCCUCCGAUUCGGCCAAUCCUCCGCCUCCCUCCUACAACAACGUCCCGCCCCCUAUGGAUGAGAUCCAGCUUGCUAAGCAGCGUGCUCAGGAAAUUGCCUCUCGGUUGAUUAUCUCCAGCGGUGGCGUCGGGGCCGGCGCUGGACCUGGCGUUGGGGCUGAUGCCAAGCGCCCAAGGGUUGAGAAUGGCGGCGGGUUUGAUUCAUACGAAAAGGGUUUUAGUUCUGGCUCAGACUUGAAGUCUCACAUGUCUAAUUCAGCUCCUUCAGCAACACCUGUUUCCUAUGGGUUUCAAGGGACAAGCAAGAAAAUCGACAUUCCAAAUGGUAGAGUGGGUGUAAUUAUUGGUAAAGGUGGUGAGACCAUCAAGUACCUUCAGCUCCAGUCUGGGGCAAAAAUACAAGUUACUCGUGACAUGGAUGCAGAUCCCAAUUCUGCUACCCGGACGGUUGAUCUAAUGGGUACUCCUGAUCAAAUUGCUAAGGCCGAGCAGUUGAUUAAUGAUGUUCUUUCCGAGGCUGAAUCUGGAGGUUCUGGCAUAGUAUCUCAAAGAUUGACUGGUUCAUCGGGAUCUGAGCAGUUUGUUAUGAAAAUUCCCAAUAAUAAGGUUGGCUUGGUUAUUGGUAAAGGUGGUGAAACAAUCAAAAGUAUGCAAGCCAGGACUGGAGCUCGUAUUCAGGUGAUACCUUUGCACUUACCCCCUGGGGAUACGUCUACAGAAAGAACCUUACAGAUUGAUGGUUCAAGCGAACAGAUUGAGUCAGCAAAACAGUUGGUUAAUGAAGUUACCAGUGAGAAUCGUGUGAGAAAUUCAGGUAUGUCAGGAGGGUAUAAUCAACAAGGUUAUCAAACUCGACCCCCUUCAAGUUGGGGGCCUCCUGGGGCUCCUUCAAUGCAGCAACCUGGUUAUGGCUAUGGACAGCAAGGUGGAUACUCUGGCCCUUCAUCUCAGUAUAACAUGCAACAACCUCCUUAUCAAGGUUAUUCACAACCUGCAUCUGGUGGAUAUGCUUCCAAUUGGGACCAGUCUACUGUUCCGCCAAAUCAACCUGCUACUCAGGGAAGUGGUUAUGAUUACUACAAUCAACAGCCCCCGCAGCAACAGCAAACACCUGGAGCUCCUGGUGCUACAGGAGACAACUCUGGUUACAGCUAUGGUCAACCACAGGCCUCUACCUAUAAUCAACAGGGUUAUUCUCAAGAUGGCUAUGGUGGUGGUUAUCAUGCACCUCAGGCUGGUUACAGCCAGCCACCUACGUAUGAUCAGCAAGGUUAUAGUUCUGCUCCAAACUAUGGUAAUGUGGCCAAUGCAGCCCAAGAUGGGAUCAAUUCGUACGAGUCUCAGGGGGAUUCAUCACAGACAGUCCCUCCUGCACAACCCUCUUCGGUGAGCCAGCAAGGUUAUGGUGCAAGUCAACAGCCUAGUCCUAACCCAGGGAGCUACCCUCCACCAAAUCAGUCAGGGUACGGAAUGACUGCACCUUCUCAUACUGGUUAUGGAAAUCAACCAGCCGCUCAAACCGGGUAUGGGGCUAGUUAUGGACCUCCUCAAACUCAGAAACAACCUGCAAAUCCUCCUGCAUAUGGUCAGAGCACUCAGUCCCCAAGCACCCCGAGUGGCUAUGGGCAACCUGCUGCAUUGUCGUCUGGAUAUUCCAGUUCUCAGGCUCCAACGUCUGGGUACACUCAAUCAGAUUCUGGUUCUCAACGUGUCCCACCAUCCAGUUAUGGUACUGCAGCUCAGCCAGGGUUUGCGCCACCACCUUAUGGUGUUCCUCCAACAAGUCAGCCAGGUUACGGGCAAGCUCCACCACCUUAUAGCUCUUCUUAUGGUGCUGGUUACCCUCAGCCUCCAUAUUCUUCCGAUGGUAACGCAGGUGGAGCUGCUGCUCGUGGGGGCUAUGAUUCUGCACCAUCUGCUCAGUCGGCGCUGCAAAGUGGGGUUGCAAAAGCAUCACCAAAGAGUUGAUUCAUGUAUGUGUCACUAUAGGUGUCUGUUGUGGAGAACAGUUAACUUCGUUGCUAUGAUUAGUUUUUUUUAGGCCAGGUAGAAUUAUGAAACCUCAUUAAUGUCUGAAUUCUUUACUGUAUUCGGUUUCGGUUUUGGUAUGGUUAAAACGUUUAUGGUGCUUUGCUAUCC